ACGUUUCUGCUGCUGGCCGCACAGUCAGUUGAGUUGUGUAAAUAUUUCAAGAUGGUCGGUCGUGCGAUUUCGGUGCUCCGGUCCUCGGUCAGAUGUUCCACGGUGUAUCCUGGCGGAUUACCUUACUGAAACUCGCGGUGGUCCGUUCCGCUGGCGGUCUUGUUAUUCGGAUUGUGUGAAAAUUUGGUGGAAUUUGGCGGACGGAGGAAAAAGUUUGACCAAUUUUUUUGACAGCAGCAAAAUUAUUAAGGGGGCUGUUCGGCUCUCUCCCUUUUUGGUCGUCAAAGUAGGCGCGGUGUUUUGGAGUGUGAGUGUGUGUGACAGUUUUCAAAGGUGGAGAGAGUGUUGUUUACUACUUGCGGGGUGAAAUUUGGUUCCGUCGUGUGGGCAGCUUGCUGGAAUUGUUUUGAACCACUCGGGUUUCGUUGCUGUUGUGUGGAUUUUGACGACCUUUCGGAAGCGAUUCGCCCUGGUCAACGACACCAAACAGGUUCACGUCCCAACAGAUGUCCCCGAAGAGUCUCCCAGAGAGAGGUCAACUCUAGCAGAAAAUCUGCACAGAAAAAAAGUUGGUGGAAGCUGCGAAGCAACAGUCAACUACUAAAGCGAGAAAAUCAAUACUGAAACGGAAAACUCAUCUUGUCGGACGAAAACGAAAAAUUCGCAUGAAUAUCCUGCUCGUCCCCUCGGUGAAAGUGCGGAAAACUUGCGAUUGCGAUUUCCUCUAAAAUUACGUCCCUCGGGGGGGAAGGAAAAACUGGGAGUUCAGCCCGGAGAGCGGACCGCAUCGUCCGGAAAAGAGCGAAAAUUUUCACCCGAAAGAGGCGAGGCGGGGCGCGCGUGAAAUGUUUGUUAAAAAUAGCUGAAACAACCGAAAACAACAUACAAAACGCGCGGGGAAGGAGAGAGAAGUUGUGACCAGAAGCAGCAGCAAGGAAAUUCUUGUCGAUUGAGUGAGGGAAAAGUGUGUGCACUUUUCUUCUUACGAGUGGAAAUUGGAAAGUGAUAAGUUUUGUCAAGUCGUGUGUGCUGAUUUGCUUGGGGAAAGAAGGUAGAAGAAAGAAGUGAAAAUUUUGCUGUUUGGUGGAAAACCUCGGUGAGAGUGCUGUGAGAGCGGCAGCUGGAGAGAAAUUCUAGCGAGCCAGAAAAUAGAGAGCUGCUGGGUGAAGGAAUUUCCCCCCGAUUUUUUUCUCCUUUGGUCAACGGUUGGAUGCUGCCGGAUCCGGAGGAACGUAGAAGCUGACUGAAAACAGUGAGAGGACACUCUGCUGACUGAUUUGAAAAUACAGUGACAACCCCGGAAGUUCACGAUGUAUCGCCCAACUCGUGAUGCAACUGGUGCAGGUGACCCACAAGACUGGCCUGUGACGACCUGCUAGGAACUUUCCUACGGGCGGUGACUUCCCCGGAAUCCCGGAACUCAAAACCCAGAACUACUUCCCGGACUUAAACCUCAAAAAUCUCAAGAUGAUAUCGACGGCUGGAAGCAAGCAACCUUCCCAGUACCAGUCCUCCUCGGCGACGACCUCCACGGGCCAGGAUCACCACCCUCAAGCUAUGGCGACCAACAGCAACAGUACGGUCCUGACCACAAGUGGCAUCAUAGCCCGGAUGACGUCAAGCUCGGUGGAGAAGCAACGCACCGUGAGCGAUUCCGAGUCGGAGAUCAACUACGACAUGUUCAGCACCAGCGUGACUUCGGCCGAUGGAGCGGGAAGUUCGCUGAUGAACUCGUCGCAGAUCUCCAACACGUCGACGGACUCGACGCACGUCAAGAGUGCCAACCUGACACGGUCCCAGAACGUUGGAGGGUCAUGCCGCUUCCCGAAGCUAGAAGAGUGUGCCCACUUCCACUACGAGCGGGUUCAGCUGGGCCGCCUCUCGGUGCGGCUGGUCGCGGACGAAAAGAACGACUCCCAGCUGGGCUCGCUCCUGGCCACCAGCACCGACCUCAGCAGCUCCCAAACUGGCGGAACUGUCACUACCGGCACAAAGAAUAACUGGUUCAUUAUCCGUAUAACGGCGGGGCGGUCGGAUUCGUUCAUGAUCAAGCGAUCGUUUGAGAACAUGCGGUUCCUGGACGAGAUGCUGCACCGGUGCGUGUAUGACCGGCGGGUUAGCGAGUUGGAGGAGCUGUGCGAGAUGGAUGUUGAGGGGAGGGGGGAGGAGGAGCUGGAGACGCUGGUAGGGGGGUAUUUGGCGCGGUUGUCGGUGAUUGCGUCAGACGCGAUGACCUGCGGGCCGGUGUUGACGUGGCUGCAGAUUGAUAAUAAGGGGCGGAGGUUGCCGGUGGCGGAUGAGCAGACCAUGAAGACGAUCAAUACGCCGGCGGUUGGGGCGGCGUACGGGGUGAGGCGGUAUGUGGCGCAGGCUUGUGACGAGAUCUCGAUCGAGGUUGGGGACAUGAUCUCGGUGAUUGAUAUGCCGAGUCCGGCGGAGUCGAUCUGGUGGCGCGGGAAGAAGAGUCACCUGCAGAAGAACCAGUACGAGGUUGGGUUCUUUCCGCAGAGUUGUGUGGCUACGAUCGGGGACAAGGUGCCGAGGCAUAUGCCUUUUCCUGCGCCGUUGGUUGGAUCGUUGGCGGUGUCUCCGACUAAGCCUGUGUUGAGGAAGCACGGCAAGUUGAUCGCGUUCUUCCGGAGCUUUAUACUGUCGCGACCUUCGCGGCGUCGACUGAAACAGAGCGGGAUCUACAAGGAGCGCGUGUUUUCGUGCGAUCUGGGCGAGCACCUGCUCAACAGUGGACAAGACAUUCCAAUGGUCCUGAAGUGUUGCGCUGAGUUUAUUGAAGAGUUUGGCAUCGUCGACGGUAUCUACCGGCUGUCGGGCAUUACGUCCAACAUUCAGAAGCUGCGACGUGCUUUCGACGAGGAGCGCAUCCCGGAUCUGACCCAUCCGGAGAUCAAGCAGGACAUUCACGCCGUUAGUUCCUUACUGAAGAUGUACUUCCGAGAACUGCCAAACCCGUUGUGCACGUACCAGCUGUACGAUCACUUUGUGGAAGCCAUUCAGACCCGGGUGGACCCCAACUCGGCCGCAGGUCCGCCCGAUCUCAAGCUGCGAAUGAUUCGGCAAACGGUCCAGAAACUGCCUCCGCCGCACUACCGCACGCUCAAGUACCUGGCGACUCAUCUGCUCAAAAUCUCCCGCCACUCGGCCAGCACCGGCAUGACCGAGCGCAACAUUGCCAUCGUGUGGGCCCCGAACCUGCUCCGUUCGCCGGCCCUCGAAUCGGGAGGCGUAGCCGCGUUGCGCGGAGUCGGCGUCCAAGCCGUCGUUACGGAGUACCUCAUCAGCAACUGCGAGCAGAUCUUCGACGACAGCGGCGAUGACUUUGGCAGUCACUACAUCGAGUCACAGCCCAACUCGCUGAGCGAUUCCAACAGCAUUCAGAACCACGACCCGGACUUGUCGCUUUCCGCGAUCGAGCGUCCCAAAAGCCUCAGCGUGGGCGGUGCCAAACUGUUGAGUCUGGAGGAGGCUCGCAUCCGGCGAAACUGCAUGGAGAACUGCGAGAAGACGAUCCCGAUCAACAUCACCAACCCUUCGACGCACAUCGGAUCGUACAUCGAGGUCGGCGGCGGCCCGUCCAGCCUGCCGGACAAGUACCACACCGUACUACCCGUGCCAAGAAGCUGGAAUAAGCGAAAGUCGCACUCGUCGUGGAAGUCGAUCUUCACGCGGCAACCGCGCGCCUCCAACAGCAACCAGGACAUCAAGGAGUACAGCAACGCGACCACGCCGACCAGCAAGGAACCGCCGCAGGUGGUGAUCGUGGCCAACGGGCGCGCUGCGUCCACUGAGGACGAUCGUGGCAAGGAUCAGCAGAUCAAGGAGAGCCCAAGCGGGCUGCUGCUGCUGCAGCAGCAGGACAAGAUGACCAAGAGUGUUGACAUGUUUGACGGAAAGUCGCUCACGAUCGACUCGUCGCUCGGGGUCGCGCCCAGCUGCGGCCGGUCCAACUCGGUAGACAGUUUGCGGACCGCCGGCCACAGCCGGUCCGUUUCGCACGAUUCGUACUUUGACCUGCUGCAGUCACCGUUGCGGGCCAGCGUGGGAGGUGGAGCGGGUGGUGGAAUCGGAGGGCUGGGCGUGACCUGCCCGAGUCGGGAGCUGUCCGAGCUGGGGCUGAACUUUGACCGGGAGGAACCGGAGAUGAGGAUCUUCUCGGAGAGCGAGAGUCUCGUGAGCAGCCCGAAGGUGGCGAAGGAGUCGAUCCGGCGAACGCUGCGCGCCCGCCCCGAAGAGUACACCAGCGGUGGCAACAGUGUCAAUCCUAGUCCCAAGAAGCAACCCCGGCUCAACAUCCAAAGUCCGGCCGACGCUAACGGCAAAGCGCAGCAGUGGAUGGUGGCCUCGGCCGCCGACAGCAACGGUUCUUCCGAAAGCCAGUGCAAGCGGUACAAGCUGGAAGAUCAGCUCAGUGACAUCCAGUUCAUCGACUGCAACACGCCAGAACACACGGUGAACGCAACCGGAAAUGGAACUGGCAGCAGCAACAACAACACGAUCUUCACCAGUGCCCAGGUGCAUCGACCACCGCUGCCGGAGGACGAUUCCGAGGAUGAUGAUGGAGAGAACGAGUUGAUUGGAGUGCGGAACUCGUACCCUGGGCCGCAGUACUGCUACGUCAAGUACGACUCGCCAAUCAAGGAGACCCGGUUCAGCUACCCGGGAACAGCAACCAGUGCCAAAAGCUCAGCCAAGCAGCAGCAAGAGCAGAAGAUGAACGUGGACGAGCAGCAGCAGCAGCAAAAGUCGUCCGCGAAGAAUGGAUCGACGUCGCUUUAUGAGAGUUUCAUUCAGGCGUCCUCAACCAAACCACCAAAGUACCCUGCCGCCGGAGGCGGCCCAGCCACAAACCGUUACAGCUACUACGCCCCAUCACCCGCCGAAAAGAGCCCCAACGACGAUGAUGGUGACGAGGAUGAAGCCGGAACUCCCACCUCAUCCUCGCACGACCUGCAGGUCGUGCCGCGCAGCUGCUCCGAGCACGUGACGCUUCGCAAGUCGGAACCGCGCAAGUUGGGAGCGGCAACGCCGCAGUCCCCACCCGUGCAGAGUCCGUGCUACUCGCUGCUGGUGGGGUCGACGACCAGCUCGGAUAAUACGGGCGGCGGGAGCAGUGCGUUGAACACGCCCGUGUACGAGAUGGACAUUUCGCAGAUUGUGGGGAAGCAGCAGCCAUUAGAGCAAACCAAAGAAGAGGUGAAGGCGGCGCUGAAGCGCGAGUUGUCGCUGGAUUUGAGCGGCGGCGGGGAGGUUAAGAGGGAGGCCGGGACGGGGACGGGGACGGGGACGACCACGACGAGCCAGUCGAUGACGCCGAGCGAGUACUGCUAUCAGAACUUGAAUCCGGAGCUGUCGCCGGGGGAGUUGGCCACGUUUGCGCCGAAGAUUGUGGCGGCGUGCCAGAAGCAGACGGCGGCGGGGACGCCGAUCAAGGCGACGAUCAAUAUAACGUAUAAUGUGAGGUCGCCGGUCAGGAAGGAGCAGGAGGGGUGUAUUUUUAGGGGGGCGGAGACGGAGACGGUGGUGAAGCAGGAUGAUGUAGAGGAGGAGGACGAGGAAGAGUACAGGAGGGAGAGAAGGAGCAUUUACGAGAAUGUGUUGGUUGGGGAGGCGGGGCCGACGCGGCUGCUGGAGACGAACUUUGACGAGACGAUGGUGUACGAGCAGGUCAAGUUCUACAAGAAUGCCGUGUCGGAGGUCAACACGAUGCUGGGGGAUGAGGAGGAGGGAGGUAAGAUUGUUGAUUUGAGCAUUAGUGAGACGAAGGUCAAGUUGAAGAUUAAGGAGGAGGAGGACGAGGAGGACGAAGAUACGGACGGGAUCAACAACAACAACCGGGACUCGAGGUUGGGUACGGAUUCGUCGCAUUCGGAGUUGGUUAAGGAGCGUGCGUUCACGAGCAAGAGUGAGGAGAGUGACGACGUUCCGAUGUCGGACGUGAACGAGGACAGUCUGGAGUUUGACAAUACGGACGUUUCGUUGUACGAGAACGUGGAGUUGAGGAAGAAGCACUUUGUGCCGGUCUACGAGAACAUGAUCCCGGGGCCGCUGUCCAGUUGUGAGGGCACGAUCAAGUCCACGACGGACGACGAGUUCUCGUCGCUUUGCGCCGACCGUAGCGACAUGGACAACGAGAUGGAGUACCGGAUAGAAAUCCCCCCAAAGAUCGAGCUCAAGCCGAACGUGAGCGUGCGCCAGUUGGCGACCAAGUUCGAGACCAGUCCGGUGGAGGUUAACCCUCCGUUCGAUUUCCAGCAGCAGUCCAAGCUGAACAACAACCGGGGUAGCACCGGCGUCGUCACGAUUCGGAACAAAUCCGCCAAAGAGUACCACGCCAACAACAUCACCCGCAGUCUCGACGAGAACGCCUUCGUACGAGAAUUCGGCAGCGCCCGCAAGCUCGAAAGCUUCAACAAAAGCAUCCAGCAGAUCCCCGAGGUCGAGUCCAACUCCACCCCGAACAACAUCCUCAACGAAAACAACCCCAACCGGCGCAAAUCCCUCGACUUUACCCGACCAAAGAGCCUCAACCCACCGAAGAAGCUUCCCUCGCUGGCCGGUCAGGGCAUCGAGAACCUAUCCGCCAACCCCCCAGCCCACGACUGCUGCCGCACCCAACAGCAACAACUCCUCCUCAACCAAUCCCACAACAACAAACCCAUCCCACCCUCCAACCUGGAUCUCUCCACCAAGAUCGAAGACACCAAAGAGGCGCGCGCGUACAACGUCCGCAUCACCCCCACCACCGAAAACCGCAUCUCCCUCGUCCAGUACAACUACGACAACCGGAAAGCCCCACCCCCACCACCCCCAACCCUCCUCUCCGACCAGGAGGACCGCAACAGCAUCACGUCCCUCUCAUCCCUCAAAAUGCUCGGCUCCUGCAAGCUCGACCGGUCCCGCAUCGAAAAAAUCAAAGAAGAACGCCGCCACCAACUGAACGAAAAGUACCGCUCCGAGUCCUUCAAGGGCGACCGCAGCGACUACGCCAAGGUCAAGUCCAAAUCAAAAUCCGAACUGCGCGACUGCGACGACUCCAAAAAGUACGACUCGCUGCGCUUCCGCUCAAAAUCCCGCGUCGAACUAUCCGACUCUGACCCCACCACCCUCACCUCUGCGGUCUCGCUCAACACGGUGACGUCCGGGGGACGAACGCGUCGCAUCAGCGACGAAAAGAACCAGAACGAUGUGACGACGACGGCGUCAGCAGUGACGGACGCCAACAUUUCGCAGGUUUGCGACGCCAAGUUUGAGCUCAAGACGAGACAGAAGUUUGGCAAGCCCGGAGGCGUUGAGCAGACGAUGACGACGACGACGAUUGGGGGGAGUAAGGAACAGCUGAUGGGUCGGGAGAGUUUCAACGGAGGAGGAGCGGCGGUCACGGUGAAGGGAGCAGCGCCGUUUGUGCGGAAUGGUUCCGGCGGGGGAGCGCAACGGGAUCGCUUCUCGCCCCAAAUCUCCAUCAAGGACGUCGCGGCCAUGUUCGAGUCCCGGUCGCAGAGCCAAUCUUAAACGGCAGUACAGGACCGGAUGAACUAAAACACAAUUUCAAAUACACACGUACGUUCCUGAGAGAAAGGCAAAAAGGCAAGCUAUAGAAAAAAAUGCAGACUUUAUCCAGUUAUCUCUCUCUCUAUCGCAGAUUAAAUUAUUGCCGCUUGAGUAUGCGAAAGCAAAUUGAAAAUCUCCUUACAAAACAAAAAACAACAACAUAACUACGACCAACUUUAAUGACAAACUUACACAUAAACACACAUUUCGUGAAUUUGAUAUGACUAACUUUUGCGAACAAAUAUAUUGAAUCAAAAAAUAAGCCAUUGAUGAUAUUACCUUCUUACGCGAAUUCUAUGUAUUGAGAUAACCUCUAAAUAAACUAAUAAAAACAAAGUCGCUUAACUAUAUGAGAGAGCAACCAUAGCAAGAACAAACAGACAAAAUGCAGAUAUUUAUUUAUAUAGUUGUAAUAAAAGUGGUAGACAUUUGAUAGUUUAUACCAGAAUACUCAAGCGAAGCGAACAAAAAUAAAUAAACAUGCGUUUUUGGCAGUUUAAUAAAGUGAAAUUUAUCCUUCAAUGGCUAUUAUGAGAUCGUUAAACACAGCAAAAGAGAGAAAAAAAGAAACAUAACGUAUUGAUAGAUAAACUUACCUUAAAACAAGAAAGCAUUUUGACUUUUUUUUUCAAUUUUCAAAUUUUUCUAGGCGAUUUAACCAACAAUAGUUGAUAGGAACUUUAAAUGAGUGAAGGCAUUUUAGCAAACUAAGACGAAGCCGCCGUACAAAGAGGAUUGAUGAGUUUGUUACACACAUUUCGCUGAUGAAUGGUUUUGGGCCCAGUUGGGGGUUGGGAGUCUUAGUUGUACGAUUUUCUUUCUUCUAAUCGUAAGGGCAAAAAUGCAACAAUUGUGUUUUUAAUCGUUUCCAAAACGAGUUUGGUUUUUUUUAAAGCGGUGUACAGUUCGUUUUGUUUUGUUUAAUUUUGCACGGCAGAAAUUUUGUUUCGUUGUUCUUUUCGCUGUAGGAAUUUGUCGCAUUAUUGCGGCAGAGAGGUACGUUAGAUUUCACAGUGCGUAACCGCGAGAGAUGAGGUUGUUUCGACAGGCUGCCAGAAAAGGAGGAAGGAAACUAGGAGGAAGCAGACAGACGGUGACAAUAAUUUUCCAAGGGUUAAUCAAAAUCUCAAACUAAAAUACAACCAAACAGAGACAAAAGUUCAUAGAGUAAAGCAUAGAUCAAACAUAAAUAAAAGAAACAAAAAUCUACAAAUUUCAAGUUUUCUCUCACCUAGUCUGGUCACCACGCAGAAUUUCAGAUUUUCCUCACCGUUCAAACUGUUGCUAUAGAAGGCACGCUUGAAAGCCGCGAAAACGCGCGAAAGUGUUUCAAGAAUGAUUUCAGAGAAUGCGUUUUUUCCACCUUUUUAACUUGUAUAUAUUUAUUGCUCCUCUUCUCGAAUAAAUGAUAGAAUGAACAAAAAGUCGUUAAAGCGAACGCGUGACUCGCGUCACGCGUCGCAGCAUCUGUAAAUAUUAUAACUAUAAACGAGUAAGUUACUGCAAGCUAACCUAAUAGGGUAGGGCGCAAUCCAGAAAUUGAUACGAGAAGCAUACACAAAACAAAGGCAGUAAUCUAAACACACACUCGAAUGACUUGUAUUUAGGAAAACCAAUGAGCGAAAUGGCAAAAAUGAUUGAGAAAAAAAACUAAGGUUAAGCUGUAAAGGACACACAAGAAAGUAAAAAAAAAAACUAACUAAUCGCACGUGAACUUAUUACAAACAAGAAAACUAAACACACGCACUCGAACUACUUGAAAAUGCAUUGAUAUUAAACGCGCUAGUAUUGAUAUUUGAGAAGGAAAAAAAAA